CAGAGAAACAUCCAUUGUCUCUCUCUCUCUCCCCAUAUAAAAAUCAAAGAGAGAGAUAGAGGGAGAAACCCAUUUCGCCUCUCCCCAAACCCGGCCUUCGAUUCUCUCCAUCUUAACUGGUACUCUUUCUCCCCCUCUGUCGUCAUAUUACUCAUCCGAUGCGAUUGUGAGGUCGGAGAUCGUGCGAUUAGGGUUUGCUUUUCGACGCGAUUUUGAACAGAUUUUCAAGCGGAUUUUGUGCAGCAGAGGUGCAGAAAAAUGGAGCAUGAUGAGACUGGAUGCCAACCUGCUCCUGAAGGUCCUAUCUUGUGCAUCAACAACUGUGGCUUCUUUGGAAGUGCGGCAACCAUGAACAUGUGUUCCAAGUGUCACAAGGACCUGAUAUUGAAACAAGAACAGGCUAAACUUGCCGCUACAUCCAUUGAGAACCUCGUCAAUGGGUCAUCGAGUGGAAGUGGAAAAGGACCUGCCAGUUCUGGUACUGUGGAUGUACAAUUGGAUUCUGUGGAACAAAAGACACUUUCUGUGCCACCAACUCCUGCAUUUGGCUCUGGGGAAACUGUUGAGGCAAAGCCAAAGGAAAAGGAGGGUUCUAGUAAGUGCGCCACUUGCAAGAAGCGAGUUGGCUUAACUGGGUUCAAAUGUAAGUGCGGUAACCUCUUCUGUGGGUCCCAUCGCUACUCGGACAAACACGAAUGCCCUUUUGAUUACCGCACUGCUGCACAGGAUGCUAUAGCUAAAGCCAACCCUGUUGUCAAGGCAGACAAGCUUGAUAAAAUAUAGAGCCGUCUGGGGUGAGAAGUUUAAUGGUUCUGAAUAUCUGUUGCUUCUUCUUCAUCUGUGGAAGUAGUUCCUAAGUGCCUCCCCGCAUUGUACCCGUUCUUAUCUUAUAUUUGCUAUCUUUCCUGGGAACUUUGGCGGUUAGGACAUCUCUGCUGUUUAAAGAACUCUUUAUCGCUUGUGUUUGUCGAGAUUGUUUGUUUGGCUCCAGUUGUCUUUGUGCUGGUUUGGUUGGACAUUGGUGUGAUUUGCUUUGUAACGUAUCAUCUUGGUUCAAAUGGGUUUGUGCAAUUUCUUCAUAAUAUGGUAUUGGGAAGUUAUUCGUUGCA